GGAAUUUUGUUGGUUUUGAUUUCAUUUCAUCAAAAGAUGAAAGACCAUCGAGUCUCUCUUCUGCUGCUUCUCUUUUCCCUGAUUUUGGUGGUGGGAUCAGCUGAUUUUUUGUCCAAAGACUUACUUGGAGUUGCUCCUGAAGAUGAGAAGUACUUCAAGUCCGAUGUUAUUAAAUGCAUGGAUGGAACCAAAAAGUUCGCCAGAGCACAGCUGAAUGAUGACUUCUGCGAUUGCCCAGAUGGAACUGAUGAACCAGGAACAUCAGCAUGCCCUGGAGGAAAGUUCUAUUGCCGAAAUGCAAGACAUGUUCCUCUUACGUUAUUCUCCUCCAGAGUUAAUGAUGGCAUAUGUGAUUGCUGUGAUGGGAGUGAUGAGAAUAAUGGUAAAGUAAAAUGUCCAAAUACAUGCUGGGAGGCUGGCAAAGUGACUAGGGACAAAUUGAAAAAGAAGAUUUUGACAUAUCAGGAGGGGGUCACCUUACGGAAGCGAGAAAUAGAGCAAGCUAAACAAGCCAUCUCAAAAGAUGAAGUAGAAUUGUCAAAGCUGAAAAAUGAGGAGAAGAUACUUAAAGGUCUUGUUCAACAGCUCAAAGAGCAUAAGGAACAAAUAGAAAAAGCAGAGGAGAAAGAGCGCUUGGAGGGAGAAAAGGAAGAGAAGAGGAAAAAAGAAUUUGAGGAGAAAGCUGAGGAGGAAACUCAACAAGCCGAUAUGGUUGGAGUUUCAGAGAAUCCUCCAUUAGAUCAGGUUAUAAUGGUGGUUACUGAUUUUGAAGUUAAUUUUAUUCUAGAUCUUCGUGACAGUUCAUAAAUUCACAGAUACCAU